AUGAAUCCCCCACCCACGCAAUUCCUCAAGCUGAGCUUCCCCGCCGAGCGUGUCCUGCUGGUGACGAUGGACCGCCCCGAGAAGCUGAACGCCAUGACCACCGCCGCCUACGCCGAGUUCGGCCUGCUGUGGCCCUGGUUUGACGCCGAGCCCUCCCUCUCGGUCGCCAUCCUCACCGGCGCCGGGCAUCGCGCCUUUUGUGCGGGCGCCGACCUGGCCGACUGGGCAGACCGCCAGGCUGGCAAGACCGCCCCGGCGCCGCUGCUCGACGCCCCCUCCAAGGAAGCAGCGCAGACGCAGCUGCUCAGCCGACGCCUGGGCAAGAAACCGGUCAUCGCCGCGGUCAACGGCCUCGCCCACGGCGGCGGCUUUGAGAUGGUCGUCAACUGCGAUCUGGUUGUCGCCUCGCGCUCCGCCGACUUUUGUCUCCCCGAGCUGCAACGCGGCGUCGUGCCCAUUGCCGGCUGUCUGCCCCGUCUCAUCCGCACGUUGGGCCUGCAGCGCGCCUCGGAGCUCGUUCUGACGGGGCGCAGGAUCCCCGCCGCCGAGGCCUACGCAUGGGGGCUGGUGAAUAGGGUCGUCGAGCCCGAAGGUGUCCUGGAGGAGGCAGUGCGCCUGGCGGUCUCGAUCGCUGCCAACAGCCCGGAUGCAAUCCUCUGUGCCCGGCGCGGUCUCAGGGAGGGCUGGAUCCAGGCGGAUGUCGAAGAUGCCACACAGACCACAUUCGAGGAUCUGUUCACUCAAUUGCGCUCGGGGGAGAACAUGCUGGAGGGCAUGCUCGCUUUCAAGGAACGGAGGCCUCCCAAGUGGGUUCCUAGCAAGUUGUAG